GGUGGCACUGACUGGCACUGAUGGGUAACACUGAAAGGCAGCUCAGAUGGGCACUGAUAUGUGGCAUUGAUGUGCACUGGUAGGCACUGAUAUGUGGCAUUGAUGUGGCACUGAUGGACACUGACAGCUGGCACUGCUGGGGCUACACUGAUCAUCAGGGCACACUGAUCAUCAGUGCCCUGAUGAUCACUGAUUACCGGCUCUCCUCUCCUCUGUCAGUGUGACAGCUCGAGAGGAGAGAAAUGCCGAUAACCGGCAUU